CUCUUUCUCUACUUUGUCUCCUACCUCUCGCCUGCGCACGGCGGAGCGAAACCCUCCGGCGGGAUCUACGCGGCGGCGAUGGAGGUCGCCGAGGUCGGCGCCGCCUGUUCCGCCGCAGCCGCGGCCGACCUCGAGAGGCGGGUCAUGGCGGCGGUAGCGCGCGGCGACCCGCCGCUGCUUCGUGCGGUGGAGGUAGGGCGCUGCGUCCAGGAGAAGGGCCUAGGGCUCCCGAACCCCGAUCUCGCCGCCGUGCUCGUCUCCAACCUCUGCUUCGCCCACAACACCCCCUCGCUGUGGAAGCUCCUCGACCAGGCCAUGGCGUCGCGCCUCCUCUCGCCCCUCCACACCCUCGCCCUCCUCACUCCAAGGGUGAUACCGAAUCGCCGGGCUCAGCCGGAGGCCUACAGGCUUUAUCUGGAGCUGCUCAAUCGGUAUAUGUUGUCAUCUUCUAUGUUGGAGGCUGGACCUUGUAGAGAUAAGAUAACAAAAUCUAUAGAUGAGGCUCUGCAACUUUCGCAAACCUAUGGAGUUGACCAAAUGGAUAUUGGACUUGCUGUAGUUUUAUUCACAUUAUGUGUUAUAACAAGUUUGAUUGAUUGCACGCUUAAAGACUUUGGUUUGCCAUUUGUAUCAAGAGAUGGGCACGUCAAUUUCCUCUCUAUCGAAGGACAACAGACCAUGGAUAUAGAUUAUAAAGGAAGUUCAAAUGAUAAGCGAAAUGAGCACCGUGAACAGCUGCGUAGAACGAACAGCCUUCUGGCUCUAGAGGUUGUAGAAAAGAUGGCUGCAAAUAGAAAGACCCAUGUUUUUCUUCGUCUCAUCCACCUCAACAUGCCUGAAAAGUUCAAUGGUCUACUUCAGAGACUGCGGUUCAUUGAAGCUCAUAAAUCAGGAUCAAAGAGUUUAGUAUCGGCCAACCACAUAAUAGAUAGUUUGUUUGCAAAUGUUCAAAGAGCAAUGAACAUGGAGUACCAAUUAAAUAAGCGUCAGCUUCUGGGAGUUCUGAUUGAUGCUGCACCUGGUAAUUCAUUUCUAUCUCACAUUUCUGGAGCUGGAAAGGCUGCUUGUUGGAUUUGUAUUGAUAUGUUUAUGGAAAAUGCAAUGGAUGGGAGACAGCUGCAUGCAAUAUCUGCUAUUGAGAUACUUACAGAACUGACCAAGACGCUCCAAAUAAUUAAUGAGGCAAGCUGGCUAGAAACUUUCCUUGCUCUCUGGCUUUCAGCACUCCGACUUAUCCAACGAGAUCGAGAGCCUUUGGAAGGACCUAUUCCACACCUUGAUGCAAGAUUAUGCAUGCUAUUGGCUAUCCUUCCUUCAUCAAUUGCUCCUCUUCUGAAGGAUGAAAAUGAAAUGCUUGAAACUGAAGGAAAUAAAGUUCCUUCUAGAAGGCAGGGAUUAAUAUCUUCUCUUCAGGUCCUAGCACAGUUUUCUAGUCUUCUUUCACCUCCUCCAUCUGUGAUAAAUGCUGCUAAUAGUGCAGCUACAAAAGCAGCGGUUUUCAUUUCAAAUUUCAAGACUGGGAGUGGGAAUCUUGGCAUGGUUGGUCGCAAUGAUUCUUCUCCAAAAGCAGUCGGUAACAUGCUGCAUCUUAUAGUUGAAGCCUGCAUUGCAAGGAAUUUGCUCGACACAUCUGCUUAUUUUUGGCCUGGUUAUGUGAUUUCCUCUAUUACUUCAAAAGAUCCUAUGCUAACUCAGGACUCUCCUUGGUCAACCUUCAUGCAAGGUGCUCCACUUACUGUUUCACUAAAAAAUGCUCUUAUGGCAACUCCUGCUUCAAGUGUAGCAGAACUGGAGAAGUUGUAUGAUAUAGCAUUAAAUGGUUCUGACGAGGAAAAGUCAGCUGCUUCAAGGAUUCUAUGCGGUGCAUCCUUUGUCCGCGGCUGGCAUAUUCAGGAACAUGUGGUGCGCAUUGUGGUCAAGCUGUUGUCUCCUCCUUUGUCUUCUGAUUCUUCAGUACCUGGAAGUGGGAGCCAUUUUGUUGGUCACAUGCCUAUGCUUAAUGCUCUCUUGUUUGGGGUUUCUUCUGCUGAUACUGUUCACAUUCUUUCUUUAUACGGGAUGGUUCCGGAAGUUGCUGUGGCUUUGAUGCCGCUCUGUGAGACUUUUGGGUCACUACCACCUCCGUCCAACCAUAGAUCAACAACUUUCGAUGAGCCUUCUGUUUAUUCAGUUUUUUCAUGCGCAUUCCUUUUCCUUCUUCGCCUUUGGAAAUUUUAUAAACCCCCUCAGGAACACUGUAUGGCCGGCCGUGGAGGCUCAGUUAGGAUGGAACUAACCCUAGACUAUCUCUUGUUGAUGCACAAUAGCCGUGUAGCUCUCCAGAAAGGACCAAGUCAACCAGUUUACAUCGACUCCUUUCCAAAAUUACGUGCUUGGUAUUUCCAAAAUCAAGCUUGCAUAGCCUCGCCCCUUUCGGGUCUAUGUAAUAAAAAUCCGGUUCACCAAGUGGCGAAUAAGAUUCUGAACAUGAUUUGCCGGAAGAUGACCAAGGGUGGGGUAGGGCAGGGUAACCCUUCAUCAACUUCAAGUAGUAGUGUUAGUGGAUCCCCUGUAAGUAGUUCGGAAGAUGCUUUACAAAGACCGGUACUACCUGCAUGGGAGUUUUUGGAAGCUGUUCCUUUUGUUCUCGAAGCUGUUCUGACUGCUUGUGCACACGGAAGGCUUUCGUCACGGGACUUGACCACAGGUUUGAGAGAUCUUGUGGACUUUUUGCCGGCUUCUCUUGCAGCAAUGGUCACCUACUUUUCGGCAGAAAUUACUCGCGGAAUAUGGAAACCGGUUGCUAUGAACGGGACCGACUGGCCCAGCCCUGCUGCAACUCUUCACUCUGUUGAAUCUGAGAUUAAGGAAAUUCUUGCGUCUGCUGGUGUCUGUGUCAACAGCUGUUAUCCACGUGGAAUGCCCCCAAUGCUCCCACUACCGAUGGCGGCACUCGUGAGUCUAACAAUCACAUUCAAACUGGACAAAAACUCGGAGUACAUCCACGGAGUCGUGGGCCAGGCGCUGGAGAACUGUGCGGGGGGGAGCUCCUGGCCAAGCAUGCCCAUCAUAGGAUCCCUUUGGACCCAGAAAGUCCGGAGAUGGCAUGACUUCAUCGUUCUCUCAUGCACCCGGUCCCCGUUCAGCCGCGAUAAAGAAGCCGUCGCACAGCUCAUCAGAAGCUGCUUCUCGACCUUUCUCGGCCCUUCUCCCUCUGAAGGAAGCUUCUCUCACGUCAUGCCGAAUCGGGGCGUGAUCGGACUACUGGGCCAGGCUAUCACUGAACAAGGGGUCCGGCUCCCAAUUACGCCAGGCUUCCUCUACCUCCGAACAUGUCGGACAUUCCACGACACGCAUUUCGUCAGCGAGGUGAUACUCAAGCUUGUUAUCGAGUGGGCCCACAAGUUAGCAAAUGAGUGGGCCUCUAGCGGUGCAGCCCGCCUGAAAUCGGGCCGGCGAUCGCUGGCUGCAGCCAUCUCUGGGGUGCAGCAGGUGGCGUCACUGGGAGCGAGCUUACUAUGUGUAGCUGGUGGGGGCCUGUUGGUCCAGGUGAUGUACGAGGAGACCUUGCCAACUGUGCUACUCUCGGCUCGAGAAGAGAAGUCAGGCAUGGCUGGGCCAGUUUCCUGUAUACUUGAGGGCUACGCAAUGGCCUACAUGCUGUUCUUGUCCGGGGCGUUUGUCUGGGGGCUAAGAAGCAAGUCGGCGGCCUACACAUCGAUAUAUUCGUCGAGGAGAGUACGGGUGAUUCGUGUACACAUGGACUUCAUGGUGGGGGUCCUGGAGGGGAAUAUAUUGCUGGGCUGCGACCCUGCCACGUGGAAGGCGUACGUGUCGUGCUUUGUUGGCUUGUUGGUCAAGUACGUGCCUUUGUGGGUGCCUGAUGUGAAGCUGGAUACGCUGAAGAAGUUGGCGAGUGGGCUUAGAGGUUGGCACGAGUGCGAACUCGCCCUCUCACUUCUUGAGCGCGGAGGGACUGCAGCCAUGGGGGCGGUGGUCGAAUCCGUUUUGUGACGCCAUCUUUCGCAAACGAAGAGCUUCGUGAUUGGAUCCAAUUGGACUUGUAGCAAGCUCGCGGCAAAACACGGUCACGUAGAUCCGGCUGAUGGACUUGUAUAUAUGUAAUCUCGCACACUCCCAAGCAUCAAGUAGCACAUCUAGAACGCCCUCGUGAGCACACCACAUGAUUUUGAUUAUGCAACCAGUAUUUUAAUGUCUCAAACAUGUAUUUGAUAGAUUCCCCUAAUUUUAUUGCAGGGUUUUCCUGGGCAUGGAUAAUGAACGUGUAACAUUAUCAUCCUUGAGCGGGGAAUAUGUAUAGGUUCCUACACCUGCUACACUCUCUCUAUCAUCAAAAAAUUAAUAAUUCACCACACCUGCUACACAUCCGCGCAAAAUGUUAAGACCUAUAGCUAACAUAUAAGUAAAUUGCUGUUCCAAUCACCAGAAUACUGCACUUCCCUAACGCUAUCACCACACCGCUUCACUACGCAUCAUUCCAAGAACUCGUCGCUCCUGAAAAUUUCUGCAUCUUUGUAAUUUUAUGAUAGAAAAUUGGAAAACUUAAAUUAGCUGGUAUUGAAUUAACAUUCAUCAAUCUUUUACCCUUACUUUUUUUUUCACUCGAUUUGUUACAAGCCAGUAUCUUUUGGCUGUUGUAUAUUAGAAGUGAAGAAUCCCUAGACCCUAGUUUUCUUUUUCUUUGUUUUUUCCUUCGUUUUUAAGUUUCCUUUUACCUUCUCCUCUCCUACCACUAAUAAUUGAAGAUGCAGUUCACUUUUCCCACCCUCC